AUGGAAAGACAGAACAAACACCAAAGCAUUUUCUACAUCUCAAAACAAAAAAAAAUGGCUGUUUCUUUUCAUGCUCGUUCUCACAGCGUCCCCUCUUUACAACACCCACAAGCUGCUUACGUCGAUGAGCAGUUGACAAGAUUGAGAUCUUCUGAGGCAGUCUCUUCAUCUUCCAGCUCUUCUAUUUACCAAAGACUAAGCGACCUUCAAGAUUUAUAUGAUUCUCUUGACAAGAUGAUUCGCCUAUCUAUCACCAACCAGGGUUUAUCUCAAGAUCAGAUUGAGAAGCUUCUUGAUGGAUCUCUCAUGAUCUUGGAUUUGUGCAACCUCGCCAAGGACGCUUUGUCGCAGAUGAAAGAACGCCUCAAAGAGAUCCAAUCUAUUCUACGGAGAAAGCGUGGUGACUUAUCCGCAGAGGUCAAGAAAUACUUAGUCACAAGAAAGUCUCUCAAGAAGUCAUUCCAAAAAGUACUCAAGAACUUGAGAGUGGGACAGAACAAAGAGACCACGGAUAAGUCAUUGGUUGUGUUUGGAGAGACAGAAGGUGUAACGAUUGCUCUGUUCGAUUCUCUGUUUAGCUUCAUGUCCGGAUCAAAGGCUUGUGGAAAAUGGUCAUUGGUCUCAAAGAUCAUGAGCCAGAACAAAGAUACAUGUGAAGCUGAAGCAAACGAAUUCACAAGAGUGGAUUAUGUGUUUCAAUCUGAGAAGUUAUUGAAGAUGGAAGAUGUGCAGAUGCUAGAGUCAUGCAUUCAAGAUCUUGAAGAUGGAAUUGAGUCAGUCUCAAAGUCAAUGAUCAAAUACAGAGUCUCACUUCUUAACAUCUUAUAGGUCGUUGCGCCUAUAAAGUUUUGUACGGAAAUGGAAAUGUUAAUAUACAUGUAAAUGAGAAUAGAAACAAACAAUAUUUUGGUCAUAUAACCUUUGCUACUGUCUAUCUAUACUGUUCAUAUUUGUUUUUGUCUAAAUCUUUACUCAUUAAAGAACCUUCAAGAAACAAGUCAACGAGCAAGUACAAAAAUCUUUGCAAAGGAUGCCGUCUGAUCUGAUGAGUAAAACUAGAGAUGGCAAACGAGCCCACCCGCAACCAAAUGGCCCGCCCCGCCACGGGCUCAAGUUCAGUCGGGUCACAGCGGGCUGGCCCGCCGCGGGAUGCGGUAUCGAGAAGCAAUGUCCAAUCCCGCCCCGCCUAGUGCACAGGUCUUUGCGGGUAGGCCCGCGGGUCACCAUCCAGAAGUUGAACGUCUCAUUUGAUGCUUAACUAUAGCUUUUGAGUCAAUGCUUCUCGAUACAGUCAUACAGAUCAACAAAAGAAGUAUAUGAACCUCUAUCAUACGUUUCAUCUCUACGUAUCUUACAUAACAUUACUCUUGUGUUCAAUACAAACAUAUUGAACCUUAUCGGGAAAACAUUAUUCUUGUGUUGAAUGGCAUGUAGUAUCAACAAGAAACUAAAACAGAAAUAAUCUUUGAUGCGUA